GGCCUGCCUCUGAUUUUUAUUUAGACAUUAAUUAGACCUAUUGAAGUGCUGUGCUCAUUUACUGGCGCAAAAAUGAUUUUGGCAAUCAUAACUUUCCUAGUGAUGUUUAUUACAGGUUCACACACCGGUGAGUAUCAGGCUUGUCCUUGAUAUUUUCCAAGGUAGGCAGCUGUUAUUGUUAUUUCUGCUCACAUUCUGUUUGAGUGUGUAUUAUGUCAUGGAGGGUAAGAAUGCUUUACAAUUGAUAUCCUCCUUUUUUUACUAUUUCAGAGGACUUCUGUUAUGAUGAGGGUCAUUGUGGUAAGUGUCAAUGUUUAUUCAAUGUAUCAUAAGUAGAGACAAUGUACUUUUAAAUGUUGCUUUUUCUCAAAUUAUUUAGGUUGAUUUUAAAUUGAUAUUGUAAUAAAAAUAUAGUACUGUUCUUAUCGUGUUAACUCUAUGGUGACUGUGACUGUAGACUAGUUCACACUUUGAAUGUCAUCAGCAUGCAUUAUUGUGUCCUCCUCAGAUCCAUAUGCAUGGGGAGACACGUUCCCAUCCUGCCACCCAAUACUUGAAGAGCAUCACUCUCCAAUCAACCUGGAUCAUCAUAUGACCAGAAAUGAGUCAUUGGAGGCUUUACAUCUGGAUGGUUUUCAUACUGUUCAUACAGGACACUGGAAACUGAAAAACAAUGGGCACUCUGGUGAGUAGCCCAUAUCAUUACCAUAUAAAUAGAUUUGUGAGGAGGUGUAUCUACUGAGUAGUUAUUUUCUACUUAGAGACUUUAGCCUUCGUGUCCCGUUUCUUAUUUAAUCACAGGACAACUCUGUGUGUGCUUGUGAGAAUGUAUGGGUGAAUGGGUUGUGCAUUUUGUGUAUACGUUUAGAAGUGGUCUGUGUGUUUUGUAUGCAGUUGUGUUGGAGGUUGGGAAUGGGAUGUCUGUGAGUGGUGGAGGUCUUCCAGGGACGUACCACACAAUCCAGCUCCACUUUCACUGGGGAAGCCUCAACACUAACGGCUCAGAGCACACUGUGGACAGGCACAGGUAUCCUAUGGAGGUGGGUGAUGGGCGCCUCUACAUCCAGUCAACGUUACACUGAAGGGUGGAUAUCUUUGGUGAACAAAAUAUAAAACUAGGAUGCAGGCACUGACUGCUGCUAUUUCUUUAAUUGACAGUGCAUUUUCUUUUGCAGAUGCACAUAGUCAACAUGAAGUCGAGUCACCCCAAUUUGACAUCUGCCUUGGAUGACCCAACUGGCCUUGCAGUUCUUGGAUUCUUUAUUGAUGUAAACUAUAUUUAAAUACUUUAUGUUGUUCAUUUUGGAGCAUAUUUAUAAAAUGAUCCGUUUAUUUGGUCAUGAUGAAGUCAUAUAUUCUAAACCUCUAACUUCUUCUUGCAGCUUAAUUACAUUGAAAAUGUACACUUUGGACGCAUAUCACGACUACUUCCCUCCGUUGCCUACAAAGGUCGGUAGAAACAUUAGUGCUCUAAUGUAUACCGAACAAAAAUAUAAACGCAACAUGUAAAGUGUUGGUCCCAUGUUUCCUGAGCUGAAAUAAAAGGUCCCAGAAAUGUUCCAUAAACACAAGAACCUUAUUUCUGUCCAAUUUUGUGCACAAAUUUGUUGACAUCCCUGUUAGUGAGCAUUUCUCUUUUGCCAAGAUAAUCCAUCCACCUAACAGGUGUAGCAUAUCAAGUAGCUGAUUAAACAGCACAAUCAUUACACAGGUGCACCUUGUGCUGGGGACAAAAAAGGCAGCUCUAAAAUGUGCAGUUUUGUCACACAACGCAAUGCCACAGAUGUCUCAAGUUUUGAGGGAAUGUGCAAUUGGCAUGCUGACUGCAGGAAUGUCCACCAGAGCUGUUGCCAGAGAAUUGAAUGUUCAUUUCUCUACCAUAAGCCGCCUCCAAUGUCGUUUUCGAGAAUUUGGCAGUACGACCAACCGGCCUCACAUCGGCAGACCACGUGUAACCACGCCAGCCCAGGACCUCCACAUCCGGCUUCUUCACCUGCGGGAUCGUCUGAGACCAGUCAGCCGGACAGCUGAUGAAACUGAGGAGUAAUUCUGUCCCCUUUUUGUGGUGAAAAACUCAUUCUGAUUGGCUGGGCCUGGCUCCUCAGUGGGUGGGCCUGGCUCCCAAGAGGGUGGGCCUAUGUCCAGUCAUGUGAAAUCCAUAGAUUAGGGCCUAGUGACUGAUUUCCUUAUAUGAACUGUAACUCAGUAAAAUCGUUGACAUUUUUGCAUGUUGCGUUUAUAUUUUUGUACAGUAUAGAUAUAGUGUGGUGACUGUGAACAUGAUUCAGUCCUGUGUAGGGUUUAAUAAACGUUUAAUAAAGGUCUUUCUCCCUCUCCUCUAGGUCAAACGGCGACAGUCAAGCCAUUCCCAUUGAUCGGCCUUCUGCCUGAGAGCCAUUUGUCCCAGUACUACCGCUACCAUGGUAGCCUCACCACUCCACCUUGUUCUCAAGCCGUUCUAUGGACCAUGUAUGAAGUCCCCAUCUAUAUCUCAUGGUCACAGGUAAGCAAGCACUACUGAAAGGAAGGACAGUAAUGGAAUGGGUUUAAUCUCAAAUCAAAUCAAAUUGUAUUUUUCACAUGCUUCGUGAACAACAGGUGUAGACUAACAGUGAAAUGCUUGCUUACGGGCCCUUCCCAACAAUGCAGAGAAAAAAAAGAGAAAUAGUAGAAAAAUAUACAAAUUAUAACACAAGGAAUAAAUAGAAAAAUAAUAACACAAGGAAUAAAUACACAUUGAGUAACGAUAACUUGGCUAUAUAUACGGGGUACCAGUACUGCAUCGAUGUGCAGGGGUACGAGGUAAUUGAGGUAGAUAUGUACAUAUAGGUAGGGAUAAAGUGACUAGGAAACUGGAUAGAUAAUAAACAGUAACAGCAGUGUUUGUAAUGAGUCAAAAAGAGUUAGUGCAAAAAGGGUCAAUGCAGAUAUUCCAACCGGCCUAUUGGUUAACUAUUUAACUAACUAUUUAGCAAUCUUAUAGCUUGGUGGAUGUCCUGUUGGUUCCAGACUUGGUGCUCCGGUACCGCUUGCCGUGCGGUAGCAGAGAGAACAGUCUAUGACUUGGGUGGCUGGAGUCUUUGACAAUUUAUAGGGACUUUUUCUGACAUUGCCUGGUAUAGAGGACCUGGAUGGCAGGGAGCUCGGCCCCAGCAAUGUACUGUGCCGUACGCACUACCCUCUGUAGCGCCUUGUGGUCGGAUGCGUGGCGGAUGUGUUGUUGCCUACCCUCACCACCGGGGUGCGGCCCGUCAGGAAGUCCAGGAUCCAGUUGCAGAGGGAGGUGUUUAAUCCUAGGGUCAGUUUAGUGAUGAAAUUGGAGGGCACAAUGGUGUUGAAUGCUGAGCUGUACUGUAUGUAGUCAAUGAACAGCAUUCUCACAUAGGUGUUCUUUUUGUCAAGGUGGGAAAGGGCAGUGUGAAGUGCAAUAGAGAUUGCAUCCUGGUAAUCCGUCUGGCCUUGUGAAUGUUAACCUGUUUAAAGGUCUUACUCACAUCGGCUACGGAGAGCGAGAUCAGUCGUCCGGAACAGCUGGUGCUCUCAUGCAUAAUUCAGUGUUGCUAGCCUCAAAGCGCAUAGAAGGUAUUUAGCUCGUCUGGUAGGCUCGCGUCACUGGACAGCUCGCGGCCAAGUUUCCCUUUAUAAUCCGUGAUAGUUUGCAAGCCCUGCCACAUCCGACGAACAUCAGAGCCGGUAUAGUAUGGUUAGAUCUUGGUCCUGUAUUGAAGUUUUGCCUGUUUGAUGGUUUGUCUGAGGGUGUAGCGCGAUUUCUUGUAAUUGUCCGGAUUAGUGUCCCGCUCCUUGAAAGUGGCAGCUCUAGCCUUUAGCUCAGUGCGGAUGUUGCCUGUAAUCCAUGGCUUCUGGUUGGGAUAUGUACGUACGGUCACUGUGGGGACGACGUCGUUGAUGCACUUAUUAAUGAAGCCGGUGACUGAUGUGGUAAACUCCUUAAUGCCAUCGGAUGAAUUCCGGGACAUAUUCCAGUCUGUGCUAGCGAAAAAGUCCUGAAUCUAUUUUCAAGUUCAAGUGCUUUCACCAUAGCCUGGUGGAACCAACCUGAUUGCUGUGUUCACCAUUCUAUUAAAUAGAAUGGUGAACGUAGUGAUCAGGCUGGUUCCACCAGGAUACUGUCACCAUGGAACAACCCUGGGCGAACAGCUAUACUAGGAUUCUUACUAGUGAUGAAAAACAAUACCAUGAAUGAUCUGAUGAAUCUGAUGAAUGAUCAUGCUUAAUUACAUCACAGUUGAUAAAUAACCACCCCAUAAAUGUGUUUUUUCUUCCCUAGUUUGAACAGUUUGCCACUGGGAUUUUCGGCACAGAGGAGGAUGAAAAACUUGUCGCACAUCUCCAUGACAACUUCCGACACAUCCAUCCCACCUUCAGUCGCAGCAUCUACGCCUCCAAAAAUGCCAAGCUGAUUACAGCGACGGCCAGUUACCUCUAUAGCCCAGCACUCUCAAUACUUCUCCUUCAACUGACUUCAACUGUUGGGCUCAUCUACGGGCUCUAGCUCUUUGCGCAGGGCUGUUUUGUUGAUGCUAGCUUCACACUCUCUACUUGAGACAGCAUCAAGGCCAAGAAACCAAUGCCGUAGAAUAUAUAUAUAUUUUUUACAGAGGAUACAUAAAAUACUGUGAAAAAUAAGUGUACUGUUUACGGUGAUUGACCACUGUAUGUUUUCAUCACAUUACUGUCAUUGCAUUCAAUUAGAAAUGGUUUAAUGUUUCAUUACAUGUUUAACAGUUCAAUUCAUAACAUUGUGUAG